AUGACUUUUGCUGAUAUCGAUACAAAGUCAAUCAACACAAUUCGCAUUCUUGCGAUUGAUGCCAUUGCUGCCGCAAACUCUGGUCAUCCCGGUGCCCCCAUGGGUCUCGCCCCCACUGCUCACAUCCUCUUUAAUAACUUUUUGAGAUUCAACCCCAAGAACCCUGAAUGGCUCAACAGAGACAGAUUUGUUCUCUCCAAUGGCCACGGCUGCAUGCUCCAAUACGCCCUUCUCCACCUUUACGGCUACGAUUACUCUAUUGAUGAUCUUAAGCAUUUCAGAAAGCUCAACUCUAAAACCCCAGGCCACCCAGAAGCUGAACUCCCUGGUAUCGAGGUCACAACUGGUCCCCUUGGCCAAGGUAUCUCUAACGCUGUCGGUCUUGCUAUUGGACAAAAACACUUUGCUGCCCGCUUCAACAAGCCCGGCUUUGACCUCUUCAACGGCUACACUUAUGCCAUUGCCGGUGAUGGUUGUCUGAUGGAGGGUGUUGCCUCUGAGGCUGCUUCCAUUGCUGGCCACCUCCAGCUCAACAAUCUCAUUGUCUUUUACGACGAUAACAAGAUCACCAUUGAUGGUUCCACUGAAGUGGCCUUUACAGAAGAUGUCGAUGCCCGCUUCCGCUCUUAUGGAUGGGACACUAUUGAUGUCUCCAAUGGUAACGAAGAUCUCGAUUCCAUCUAUGAGGCCAUUGUCAAGGCUAAGCAGUCUACAAAUAAGCCCACCCUCAUCAAGGUCUCCACCAUUAUUGGUUUCGGCUCAAAGCUCCAGGGUACCCACACUGUCCACGGUGCUCCCCUCAAGGCUGACGAUAUUGCUGCCGUCAAGACCAAGUGGGGAUUUAACCCUGAAAAGUCCUUUGACGUUUCCCAGGAAGUUUACGACUACUACGGUAAGACUGUCGCUAAGCACCAGCAGGAAGAGUCUGCUUGGGAAAAGCUCGUUGAAAAGUACAUUGCCGAGUUCCCCGCCGAAGGUGCCGAUCUUCAACGCCGCCUCAAGGGUGAGCUCCCCCUGGGCUGGGAAAAGGCCCUCCCCGUUUACAAGUCCUCAGAUCCUGCCGUGGCUUCCAGAAAACUCUCUGAGAUUGUUCUCACAAAGAUUUUCGACGAGGUCCCAGAGCUCAUUGGUGGCUCUGCCGAUUUGACUGGCUCUAACCUGACGCGUGCUCCUGAAUCUGUUGAUCUUCAACCCCCCAGCACCAACCUUGGUACCUAUGCCGGCCGCUACAUUCGCUACGGUGUCCGUGAGCAUGGUAUGGGCGCCAUCAUCAAUGGUCUUGCUGCCCACGGCGGUAUCAUCCCCUAUGCCGGUACCUUUUUGAACUUUGUUUCUUAUGCUGCCGGUGCUCUCCGUCUCUCUGCUCUUUCCCAGCACCAAGUCAUUUGGGUCGGUACCCAUGACUCUAUUGGUCUCGGUGAGGAUGGCCCUACCCACCAGCCUAUUGAGACUUUGGCACACUUCCGUGCUAUCCCCAACCUUCAGGUCUGGCGUCCUGCUGAUGGUAACGAGACCUCAGCCGCUUACUACCAGGCCCUGACUACCAAGCACACUCCCUCCGUCAUUGCCCUGACUCGCCAGAACCUGCCACAACUCGAGGGCUCUUCUAUUGAAAAGGCCCGUGCCGGUGGUUACACUGUUUACACUGCCUCUGAGUCUCCUGACGCCAUUAUUGUCUCUACUGGUUCCGAGGUUUCUCUGUCAAUUGACGCUGCUAAGCUGCUUGCCGAAAAGAAGGGUCUCAAGAUUAACGUUGUGUCGCUUCCUGACUGGUUCACUUUUGACCAACAGCCCCUCGACUACCGUCUCUCUGUCUUGCCUGAUGGCGUCCCUAUUCUCUCUGUUGAAGUCAUGUCGACUGUUGGCUGGGGCAAGUACGCUCACGAGAACUUUGGCAUUAACCGUUUCGGUGCUUCUGGCCCUUACAAGGAUGUUUACAAGUUCUUUGGCUUUACUCCUGAAGGAAUUGCUGACAAGGCCGAAAAGGUUGUUGAGUUUUACAAGGGCAAGUCGGUCAUUUCCCCUCUUAACCGUGCUAUUUAA